CCCAUUGCUGUGACUAGGAUGGCUGUUCCUGGAUUUCUAGGCCACAGUUGCAAUUUCACUUCACGAGGCGUUUCCUCCGCCUCAGAUAUAAUGCGACCUCUUCUCCAACAGGCACCUUCACCUUACUGCUGCAAAACAAACCGUACAACUCAAUUCCGGUCGACUGCAACAGCUCUCCAAAAGAGCCGCGCCGCUCCUGCUCAAGUGCUCCACACCGUUGUCAAAUCCCGACGGCAUUCCAAUGGAUAGGGUCUGCCACUUGUUCCGGCUACCGGGUGAGCUUCGCAACAUCAUCUACGCAUAUGCUCUUUCCGAGGAUGAUGGCCUCCGUUGCGUCGAGGGUAAACGUUACUUGGAGGGUGAACGUCGCGUCGAGGGUGAACGAGGAAAACAGAUGCUCGUCUCUACUCCCAAGGUGCGCGCUUUCGAAGUUCAGAAAGCAGAGAAAACACAGUUCGGAGAGCCAGGGCUUCCACUGGGUAUUGGAGGAAUGAUCAAGAAGGCCAAAAAGGAGGGGAUGCGAAUAAAGUAUUUUCGCGAGGCCAAUCAAUUGCAGUACGUCAACCGCCAGCUACGACAGGAGACCCGAGGGUUUGGUCUGCGGUGUAACGACCUUUCGUUCUUAGGAGAUGAUGAUGCGACAUCAGUCGAGAGGUUCGCCAAGUUUCUCGACAUCCGCACUUUCUCUCAUGCCAGCUCGGCAAUGAAACGGCUCGUUCGCGAUCCCACCGCAUGGGCUAAAGUUAAAGGCUUCGGCAUCAACCAUCCUGGCGCUCGUAUCAACAUACGCAUUCCCCAUCUCCGACUGUCACCGUCCUUCUCGAACCGGGUGGACCACGUUCCGCUCUACUUCCUCCUUGAGAUAACAUCGUUCCUUAUUCUUGCGCGGAACGACACUAGGCCCGACCCUCUCUCGACCGGCAUGCCCCUUAUGAAACUUCUCGCUGAGACACAUCAACCAAAGAACGGUCGGGCGACGGCCUAUUGGGCAAGUGUGCCUUCAAACGUCCGGUUCUGGCCACAUGAGGAAGUGUUCGACGAAGUAGCUUUUGGAGAGAUAUGCUCGGCGAUAGGGGCUCCCACUCUGGCGAAUUUUCGAGGGGGUCUUGAGGGUAUGGUUCAUUUGUUCAGACGCUUGUAUCGUGAAGGAUUUUGAGGAAUAAAGCUUGCGGGGCUCUCUUCUCUUAAAUUUGGCGUCUUUUGACUCCUUUUGUGCGUAGGCAGCCCUGCUUUGCU